AUGGCGUCUUCCGACCUGCUCGUUAACCGUCACUUCGACGAAUUCGUUCUAGAAUGCUGUAGUUCAGACCGUCCGUCCGGCGGCGUUCUUCCACGUCCGCGCAAGAAGCUCUCGGCGUUCGUCAACGCGAUGGCUGCUGCAAGAGCCACGUCACCGCAGAGUCCCAGCAAGCACAUCACGGUGAGUUUUAUUGGAGUUUCGGGCAAAUAUGGAACUGAGUCAGCUCUCUAAACACUGAACUUUCGAAGCGCUAGGGCCUUGUAAAAGUAGAGUAUGAGGUCGCGGUUUACAGUCUCUUUUAAGUUGUUCCGUCGUCUGGAAUCAGAUAAAAAUACAACGCAUCACUUCAACCAGAAAGACGUUACUCUAAUUUUUGAAAUCGGCCAAUAGUAUCACCCUUAGAACAAGAUUUACGGUCAAAUGAGUCGGUAACGUCAGAAUGGCAUCAGCUAGGAUAAUGCGAGGAUAAUGCGAUGAAUGGAAUACUUUCGGACGGACAUCGCCCGAAAAGUGACGAAAGUGAUUCCAUUAGCCGCAAGGAAAUAAUAAAUUGGCGCUAAUUGUGGUUAUUGGCGAUCGAUUGGAUCAUAACGGAAUGCUAGAGAGACCGGGCGUUUCCAGUAGGCGGCAGACAUCGAAACGACUUCCUCUCUCGCAUGGUUUUGGGGCGUGAUUCGGGCCGAGAGAAGCAAACAGAGAACAGGCCGACGGACUGACAAAACACACCUGUGUCUUGUCUUUUCCCUCAUCCCGUCCGAGCCCUGCCGCCGCCGUCGCUUGUCCUCCGAGAGAACCGUUUCAGUCUGGCCGCCCCUCUCGCCAAAUUCUCUUAUCUUCGCUAUGAUUCUUCGUCCUCGGUUAUCAUUAUCACCGCUGACUCUCUGACUUUCCGCGACUCUUUUGCGUGAAGAAUGGCUAUCAAAAAUUGCAAGGUGAUUUCCAAUUUGUUGGCCUAAAAUCUCAAGUAUUUUCACUUAUCCAAAGAUCCGGAAAUGGGCAGACCGCUCAAAAUUCCUCUCGCUUCUCUUUUCCUUUACAUUUCCUGGCUUUUGAAACACUAGUCUUCAUCCAGAAGUUAUGAACUUUGUAACUCGAGAAACUAAAUAUUUUGGCGCUCGACUGCUCAGCCGCGGCCAGCCAAGUCGCUGUCGCUUUCUGAAAAAUGAGAAAUGAGCGACGUUGUUUCGAGAAUUUAUGAGCCGUAGUAUUAGAGAGCUCGAAACGAGAAAGGAGUGAAAAGAAAGAGAAAAGAGAAUAAAUGUCCCACUCAGCGAAAUGCAAACAGCGAUUUUUGCAGGUUGUCGAUGUGUACGACCUAGCCGCCUCGAUUGGAAACGACUUCGAGAAACUCAUCGACAACUAUGGGAAUGAGUGCGUACGUGGCAUUAUGCCAAAGGUACAGCACACUUUGAAACAUCUGUACAAUCAAAUGUUUUGUAGGUGAUAUCCGCUCUCGAAACGCUCGAAGCGCUGGCAUCCGGAAAUGAUCGAGAGAACGAAGAAAUCUUGAGAUUAUCGAAGGCGGUGGAGCGGCUCGAACAAGAAAAACACCAAAGGAAUCAACAACAUCUAAAGUUCGAAGAAGAACUUGAGCAAGUCGAGAAAACGUACCGGAAGGACAUUGACGAUCUGCAACAGAUGGUCAAAAGUCUAAUGAACGAAAAUCGGAAUCUGUCGACGACGGUCUCAUCGCUCCCAGUGCACAAUGACAGCCCUGUGAGCAGCUCAAGUGAGUUUUUAUCUCUCGGAAAAGAUGAAUUUUAACGAUUUCAGUGCGAGAAGCGGAUUUGAAGAUGUUGUUGGAACUGAAAGAGAUGUCAUCCCAACAGAAAGACGAAAUAAAAGCUCUUCAGAAAGAUGUAGACACUUAUCAAUGUCAGGUUGAAAAUGUAAGUUCCCAAACAACAUUCAGAGCGCAUCCAACUCAUAUUCAGCUGCAAAACUCAAUAGAAAAGCUGAUCCGUCAGAACGAAGAACUUCUGAGGAAAAAUGCGUCGCUUCAAAAACAAGGAAGAAUAAUAGUCGAAGAGAAGAUGGAGGUGUUGAAGCGAUUGGAGAAAACGGAAGAAUCGAACAUCGAACUGAAGAAAUUGGUGAAAGAAACGGAUCGGGCGUGCAAGGACAUGCAAGUCGCCAAUCAGGAUAACAAUGAACCUCGCUUCACGCUGAGUGAACUUCGAGAAGUGAUCAAGGAGAAAAACAUUCUCAAGGGGCGAGUGAUGGAGUUGGAGGAAGAGUUGGAGCAGUUCAAGCCGGGCGCGAAGAAAGAAAUUAUGAGGUUGGACGACGAUGACGACUCCGAUCGACUUGCUCCGUGAGCUCCCUCUGUUUAUUUCAAGCUUGAAAUGUUGUCUUUCAGCUGCCUGGACACUUCGACUGCUACGUGCUCCGGAGCCGAAGAAGACGAUCUUCCGGUAUACGGUCCAAUGCCCAAAGAACCCGACGAGAAGCUGCAUCCGUGGAAGUACGAGAGGAAAGAUUCGGGAGUCCGUAAAUUGUGAGUUCAGCCCGAUCUGAAUCCCAUUUAAUCCAAUACAAAAGUGUUCAGUUUCCGCUUCUUCAAAGACUUUGGCGCGACGGCGUCCCCCCGCCGCGGCUCAUCUGCAAACGCGUCUCCGCGACUACCGGCUCGAGCGAUCCCACCAUCGCUGAACUGA